AUGCCUGCCAAUCCGGGAAACAAAACACCCUACUCUGAGCCCAGGCUUGAGUGGAAAUUACAGGUUAAACGUCUUACUCGCCUCUUACGGUCUCCAAAGGGCAUAACUGUGGACGGAAAUCUCGUCACCCCCUCCAUCCUCCACACAUUUCUCCUACAAUACGGCUGCUCGAAACAACGCGCAGACUAUCUCCUCGACUCCAGAGAUGCCCAAGACCUCUACAGAGCACUCGAUCUCAUCGAGAUCAUCGACGCUUACGUCAAAACAGGCUCACCACCUAGAAAUCCUCUGUCGACCAUCCGCUACCGACGCGAGCAUGACCUCCCCCCCGCGCAGUCGAGAACUAGACCCAUACCUGGUACAGAUCGUAACAUUGCGCUCGUCAACGACCUGAUCACAUCAUUCGCAUGGCCUUUCAUUACCAUUACGAUGGGUUUGAAUGAGCAAAUUGAAACGCUGUCGGAAUCUUCGCACCUCACGUUGGCGUUGUUCGGGACGAGCAAGGAGGGGGAAAUUAAAGGAGUGAAGUUCAUGCCGUGGGCGCUGUAUAGGGAUACGCAGACGACGGUGAGAGAUGUUUUUAUAGGGGUGGCGAAGUGUCAGGAGGUGGAUCCGGAAGGAUACUUUUUCCUUGCUUCGAUGGGGAAGGACGCGUGA